ACUCCUGCCAGGGGAGAAGACAUGUAAACGUGCCUCCAGAGGAAGGGCUGGGGGAGCUGGGAGUGGCGGGGGCGGCGGAAGGUGAGCCUGGGAAGGUGGCCAAGCGCCCCUUCUUCUUGGGCCCUUCCCAGUGCUCCCUUGGGGUGUCAGCCCCAGCCCCGUUUGCCCCCACUCCGCCUCCCUUUUGGAAGGGAUUGCCUUUUUUUUUUCCUCUGCGGCGGCGGAAAUGACAGUGUGGUGCUGCCGUGGUGUCAUGGUGCUGCCCCUGGACUGAGGGGCGAAAACUCUUAAGUUUAGCUCGGGAGGCCCAGCUGCGGUAGCAUCGCGGCCGCCGUGCUAUCCCCUGCGGGGCGCGCAGGCUGGCGGAUCCCGGCUGCUGCGCGGCGUCGGCGACGGUAGCGGCAGCGGCGGCGAAGGCGGGCGGCGGCCUAGAGUGGUGGCGGCGGCGGCGGCGGCGACCGGGGCCCGGGAGCUCGCGCCGGAGCCCGAGCCAACCCGCUGCGGAGGCAGACGAGAGCCCAGCGCCCUCGAGCGAGCGGAGGAGAUGGCUGGCACCUGGGAACGCUAUGGAUGAAAGCCCAGCCUCCGUGGUUCUUAAUGCCUCAGGAGGAUUAUUUUCACUAAAGAUGGAAACACUGGAGUCUGAAUUGACCUGUCCAAUCUGCCUAGAGUUGUUUGAAGACCCCCUUCUGCUCCCUUGUGCUCACAGCCUCUGCUUCAGCUGUGCCCAUCGCAUUUUGGUCUCAAGCUGCAGCUCUGGUGAAUCCAUUGAACCCAUUACUGCUUUCCAGUGUCCUACCUGCAGGUAUGUUAUCUCGCUGAACCACCGGGGCCUGGAUGGCCUCAAGAGGAAUGUGACUCUGCAGAACAUUAUUGAUCGCUUCCAGAAGGCUUCAGUCAGUGGGCCCAAUUCCCCUAGUGAGAGCCGCCGGGAAAGGACUUACAGGCCCAGCACUGCCAUGUCUAGUGAGCGAAUUGCUUGCCAAUUCUGUGAGCAGGACCCGCCAAGGGAUGCAGUAAAAACAUGCAUCACCUGUGAGGUCUCCUACUGUGACCGUUGCCUGCGGGCCACACACCCCAACAAGAAACCUUUCACCAGCCACCGCCUGGUGGAACCAGUGCCAGACACACAUCUUCGAGGGAUCACCUGCCUGGACCAUGAGAAUGAGAAAGUGAACAUGUACUGUGUAUCUGAUGACCAAUUGAUCUGUGCCUUAUGCAAACUGGUGGGUCGUCACCGAGACCAUCAGGUCGCAUCCCUGAAUGAUCGAUUUGAGAAACUCAAGCAAACUCUGGAGAUGAACCUCACCAACCUGGUUAAGCGCAACAGCGAACUAGAAAAUCAAAUGGCCAAACUAAUACAGAUCUGCCAGCAGGUUGAGGUGAAUACUGCUAUGCAUGAGGCAAAACUUAUGGAAGAAUGUGACGAGUUGGUAGAGAUUAUCCAGCAGAGGAAGCAAAUGAUCGCUGUCAAAAUCAAAGAGACAAAGGUUAUGAAACUGAGAAAGUUGGCACAGCAGGUUGCUAAUUGCCGCCAGUGUCUUGAACGGUCAACAGUCCUCAUCAACCAAGCUGAGCAUAUCCUGAAAGAAAAUGACCAGGCACGGUUUCUACAGUCUGCAAAAAAUAUUGCUGAGAGGGUCGCUAUGGCAACUGCAUCUUCUCAAGUUCUGAUUCCAGACAUCAAUUUUAAUGAUGCCUUUGAAAACUUUGCUUUAGAUUUUUCCAGAGAAAAGAAACUGCUAGAGGGGUUAGAUUAUUUAACAGCCCCAAACCCACCAUCUAUCCGAGAAGAACUCUGUACUGCCUCCCAUGACACCAUUACAGUCCACUGGAUCUCGGAUGAUGAGUUCAGCAUCAGCUCCUAUGAGCUUCAGUACACCAUAUUCACUGGCCAGGCUAACUUCAUCAGCCUGUAUAAUUCAGUAGACAGCUGGAUGAUUGUGCCCAACAUUAAACAGAACCAUUACACAGUGCACGGACUCCAGAGCGGGACUCGCUACAUCUUCAUCGUUAAAGCCAUAAACCAAGCCGGCAGCCGGAAUAGUGAACCUACCCGACUAAAAACAAACAGCCAACCCUUUAAAUUGGAUCCCAAAAUGACUCACAAGAAGUUGAAGAUCUCCAAUGAUGGAUUGCAGAUGGAGAAGGACGAAAGCUCUCUAAAGAAGAGCCAUACCCCGGAGAGGUUUAGUGGCACAGGGUGCUAUGGGGCAGCAGGAAAUAUAUUCAUUGACAGUGGCUGCCACUAUUGGGAGGUGGUCAUGGGUUCCUCAACAUGGUAUGCAAUUGGCAUUGCCUACAAAUCAGCUCCAAAGAAUGAAUGGAUUGGCAAGAAUGCCUCCUCAUGGGUCUUCUCUCGCUGCAAUAGUAACUUCGUGGUGAGACAUAACAACAAGGAAAUGCUGGUGGAUGUGCCCCCACACCUGAAGCGUCUGGGUGUCCUCCUGGAUUAUGACAACAAUAUGCUGUCUUUCUAUGACCCAGCUAACUCUCUCCAUCUUCAUACUUUUGAUGUGACCUUCAUUCUUCCAGUUUGUCCAACAUUUACAAUCUGGAACAAAUCCCUAAUGAUCCUGUCUGGCUUGCCUGCCCCAGAUUUUAUUGAUUACCCUGAGCGGCAGGAAUGCAACUGCAGGCCUCAAGAAUCCCCUUAUGUUUCUGGGAUGAAAACCUGUCAUUAAGUUUCAGGAGAGCAUAUAAUUCACCAGCUCUCUAGUUCAGCAGUUCUUCCCCUCCUACACCUAAGUUAGCGUUCAAUAUAUGAGAUACAAAAUAAAGUUUGUUUGAAGCAUCCAAAAUAACUAGAUAUUGCAGAUUUAAUUUUUGUGCAUUAAAGCUUGUAUUUGAAUUAAUAUAUUGAGUUUUUCAGAACAAAUUAUCUGAGUAGUCUGUGUUCCAGCCAUUGGAGAAAAAUUUAGAAAAUGCCUCUGUUGUCAUUGGAGAAUUAAAAAUUCCCAAUGAUUUAAGAAUAUAAAUUAUAUUGGAAGCAAUUAGGGUAAUUCUAGUUAAAUAAUGUGGAAAGAUGCCCUGAAUAAGGAGCUAGCCAGCCAGAAGGGGGAGUGGUCAGCCUUUCUAGUACUGGCCAGUUUGGCCACAUAGAAUUUUGAACAGUGUCAAAUUAUCACAUAUUAUAUUUCACUUUUGAUGAAAACCUAUCAUCAAGGGUUUGUUAGGAAACCAUGAAUGUGUAUAUGUAAUACAUAAAGUGAACAUAUACGUACUUUAUAUAUAUUCACUUGUGACGUAUGCAUAUGUAUAUUCACUUUAUAUAUUACAUAUACACAAAAAACUUUUUUUUCCAAACACCAACUCAAACUAGAACAAAAAACUUUUUAAUUUGCUAAUUUGAGUGAGAAAUAUACUGGAGGGGAAAAUAAGUUACACCAUCCAUUUUUGUCCCCUAAAGGAAACAUCAAAAUCAGUCAACAUUUCUUUCCUCCCUCUAUCCAUCAUUGCCCUCCUCCCUCCUGUCAUGCACACAUACACAUGCAACCAUGACAUAGAUAAUGGGAAGAGCUUUAUUGGAUUAGCAGAGAUUUACAGACAAGAUUGCGCAAGAGAUGCUGUUGCUGGAUAGAAAAUUGAUCAGGUAGAAGUGAUGCUACCUACUUGAGGAUGGCCAUCUGAAUUGUUAAAAAUUCUGUCAUAGACUAUUAAAAAAAAUUUUACUAUUCCCAAGUACAUACAGUUAUGAGAAUUAGGCUUUUAAAAAGUUGCACAGUGAAGGCUCUUUAGGAACCUACUUAAUCAGUAAAAAUCGAGUAUUAUUGAUGCACCAACUAUUCCCAUAUAAAUGUACUUGCAUUUUCAGAUAAAACACUUCUGAAGUGCUCAAGAAUGUCUGAAAACAGUUUGUUUUCUUAAAUAGGAUAAAUAAUCAUUCCUUUUGCAAUCUUGUUUACAGUAUUCAUUCGCUUAGCCAAUCCCCCCAUGCAAAUGGAGACAUAAACUUCAUCCCAGUCCUAACCAGUAUAGUUGAAGGGAAUGGAGCCUUGUCAUCUAUGAUUUUUUUUUUAAUUUCCAUUGAAGGGAUUGGGGAUGUCAGAGAACCAGAGCUUUCCCCUUUCCAGGAGCUAAGUUGGCUUCGGAAUUCUUCUGGGAUUUGUGAAAACAUUACUGUUGUAAAAUUACGAAGUGGUAGCUGUAACAACGCCCUCAGAUUGGAGACUUGAAAUGUCAAAACUCACCUCUUCCUUUCCCCUAGUUUGGUGGAUGCCCAUUUAUUAAUUCAUUCGAUAAACUAUUAGAUGCCAGGUACCAAACUACUGCCAUGGGAGUGCACAUAUUAACAAAAUGCUCUACCUGCUGCCAAAUGGCUUACUAUUCUGUGGAAGAAACAAAGUAUAUAAUCCUCCCCAAUAACAGUUAUGUAUUGUUUGUUCACUUAAUGUGGAAAGCAAGACUGAUGCAGACACACAAGGAAGGCUCAAAAAUAUAAAUCCAGCAGCAACGUCAUCUUUUUUGAUUUUAAAGACCAUAUGUACUUACCGCUAAUAAGGAAAUGAACAACCUCAGUAAAAUUCAUCAGUGUUGGUAAAUAAUUUGCUGUAGUGGAAAUCUCAUAACCUUUGGAUUCAAAUGAUCCCAGUUUCUGUACCAUUUAUUAGCAUUGUGACCUAGGACAAGUACCUCACUUCUCUGAGCCUGUUUCCUCCUCUGUAAAAUAAUGUCUACUUCACAAGGCUGUUUCAAAGGUUAAAAAAGAUAGCAUAUGUAAACUGUCUAGCUCAGCGCUUGACAUUUCCUAAGUGUGCCAUAAAUAUUAAUCUCUUUCCCUACCCCCAGCUCCAAUACAGCGUAGCAGUGCUUUAAAAUGUAUGUCUUUCAUUUCUCAGUCACCUUUGUCUCUUCCCUAGGGCGUAUCCCCAAAUUCUUAAACAAAAAAAAAAUGAUUUUUUCCCCCUUCAUCAAACUUUUCACUGGCUCCCUUAGCACCCAGCAGAAGGUCCCAGCUCCUUACAGAGUCUGGCUUUUCAUGUCCCUGUUUGCUUACACAGCUUCAUGUUUUGCCACUUUCCCCCUCACACUGAUUAAGCCAGCCAAGUUUAACUAUUUACACAACUAUUUACACAAGUUAUUCUCUGGGCCUGCAGCAGAAACAUGAUUAACAAUUUUAAUGCCCAGAGUAAACAACAUAAAUUUUUCUUAAAUUAAAGGAAUAGUGUGAAAAUGCUGUAAGUACAGAAAAUGCAACCUCCAUCCCAGUAGAACAAUUUCCUUUGCCUUGUCCUUGGCUCUCCAAAACUCUUCAUUUAUUGUGGUGUCUUUUAGAUUUUAGUGCCCUGGGACAAAGAUCUAAGUUCCCCACCCUACUUUUGACUCUAUCCUUGACUACCUUUCCUCACCUCUAUCUCUCUCAACCAGACUAACUCUUUAUUCCUUAGACUUGAUGAUGCAUCCCUCUUUGGAGAUCCAAAGACACCCCAAGCAUCCCCCUCUCAGCAAUAAUCACAUUGUAUAGCAGUGUUUUUCAAAGCGUGGUCCUCACACCGCCUAUGUUAGAAUCACCUUUAGUGUUUGUUAAAACAAUUGAUUUUGGGUUCCCACUCCUGACCUAACCAGAAUAUCUGAGAACAUAGGCAGGAAUUUACAUUUUUGACAAGCUCCUCAUGAUUCUGAUGCACAGAAAAUUUUCAUGUAUAAUCAUCUUCCCUACUAGACUGAACACCUUGAGAGGAAGGACUGUGUCUUUUAUUGUUGUUAUAUUUUUAAUACCUGGCACAGUGCCUGGAACAUUAGCUUGGCUAAUGUUUAUUGAAUGAAUGUACGAAUGAAAAAAUGAUUUAUGAAAGUUUCCCUCUUGUACUCUUAUGUUCAUAGUGAUGUUUGUUACUUCCUGGGCAGAAAAGCUUGGUUACUACUCCAUUUGAGCUGUAUUAAUUCUAUAUUGCAGAGGUAUCAAGGCUCCUACAUAAUAAAUGAUCGUUGUCCUCCUCAAAAACUCUUUGGCAGUUAUCUUGGGGAAAUGUCUUUGGAGCAUAUGGCACCAUUCUUUUCAGCAACAUUUCAGUCUUGUCAAACUUUGUUGUUUGAAGGUGGAUUUACAUUUUGGUUAUAGCCAAAAAUCACUCAGAGCUCAGCCUACUUAGUAAAGUGGAGAAUUGAACUGGGUUUGGAGUAAGCAAUGAAGUUUGACUCUGAAGUCCCAAAUUCUGAGCCAAACAGUGAAAAAUGACUUCUAACAUACAACAUGGUGACAAAGUACUCAGUGGGGGUGCUAUGGGCCCCAGAUAUUUACUUCAGUUAACUUGGCUUUUAUAGAAUCCUGGCAAUGCCAUGGACCUUAAGAGAAGUAAUUGGCUACCUCCAGCUAAACCCAGCUGGACAAAGAGAAUAGGACCCGUAUUUAACAUUUUCAAAGAAGGUGACUCCAUAAGCUUUUGUUGUUGUUGCUCUACUCAACCUGUUCUCCACAACUGCUUCUACCAGAAGAUUAUUUUAUGUCUGCAAUUUAUGCUUGUUUCCACUUUUUAUAUUGUCUUAUUGAAGAAAGCACAAAAAUAAUCCAAAAUAAAGUAAAACCUGUUUUGAGAGGAUGAAAGAAAUUUUAAUGCCACAUUGAGGUUCUGGCUACUUGUAAGUAAGAGUAACUGCAUCUGGAUGUGUUUUUAUUAUACAAUUCUAUGUGUAUCUUUGGAUGCAGUGAAAUUCAGAUUGCAGCAAAAUCACUUAUCUGUUCUUUUUGGCUAAAACACUCUAGGUGAAUUUUCUAAACUUCCAUGGUUUACAUAUUUAUAUAUGACUACCAAGAUGGAGCAAUCCACGGAUGGACUUUUGAAUAAACUCAAAUAUUUGAUACUGCUUCCUCCAAGGAAUGGAGAAUGUCAGGCAGGUAGGUAAGAACCACUCCUACACUUAUUUCUAGCUCCUGAAGCCAACUGCAGCCUUGGAGCCAAUGGCUGUAUUUGGCUGUGUGUUACAGGUUGGCCAAACUGAUUGCCAUCAGGUCAGAUAAAACUGCCUUUUAUGGUGUAGUCUGCCAGCUUCAGACAUAUGCUGUAUUGUUGUUAUUGGCUAGACUAUUUAUUAGACUAUUGUUGGACUAUUUUUUAUCAAAUGCUUUACCCCACGCCUGUUUGUAUUGGGAGCUCUGGACCAAUAGUGUCUCUCCUAGUGACAGAAAUAUGAGCAUCUGUGGAUUACACAGCCUCAUCCCUCUCUACAAUGUUCCAGCCCAUCCAAAAUGCUAUAUUAUGAAUUAAAUAAAUAUAUAUGUAUUCAUGAA